GCUUUUAUAUUAUGUAGUUUACAUUUAUUUAGAUGAUAAAUAUUUUUUUAUAAGACAAACAAAUACAAUACGCAUAUAAUGCAACAACAAAGCAUAACAGAUGCAGAUAUGGUUAAUGAUAUCGUUAUUUCAAAAAAAAGAUCACGAUCAGUGGAAGAGGAGUAUUCAGAUGAAGAUGUUAAAGUAAAGGUUGCAAGAAAAGAACAGAGUAAAGAACGAUUUGCUAGAGAAAAUCAUAGUGAGAUAGAAAGACGUCGCAGAAAUAAAAUGAAUGCUUACAUAAAUGAGUUAUCUGAUAUGGUACCUUCAUGCAAUGGUCUUGUUCGUAAACCAGAUAAACUGACAGUAUUGAAAAUGGCUGUUAAUUAUAUGAAAUCUUUACAUGGUUCAUCAAAUAAAGAUGAAGAUUUAAAACCAACAUUUCUCUCUGAUGAGGAGCUUAAACAUUUAGUGCUUGAGGCAACAGAUGGCUUUUUAUUUGUGGUUUUAUGUAAAACCGGCAGGCUAAUUUACAUAUCAGAUGCAAUAACACCUGUUCUUAAUCAGCUUCAGAAUCAUUGGAUUAACCGAAAUCUUUUUGAUCUUGUUCAUCCUGAAGAUAAAGAUAAACUAAGGGAUCAGCUUGACGUUUCUAUUUCAAAAGACACAAGAAUAAUCGAUUUAAAAACUGCAAGCAUUAAAGCUGUUGGAAAUAAUGAAAAUUGUUUGAAGAGUGGCUCGCGGCGAAGCUUUUUGAUUCGGAUGCGGUGUGGUGAUGUACAAAAUGAGAAGUCCGAAAAUGACAUUCAUGAAGUAAACAAUUGUAAUGAUAAACGUGUCAUUUACCAAGAUAAAAUAUACUCAGUUGUUCAUUGCACAGGCUAUAUAAGGAAUAUUGAAGAUGGAAUACUGAGCGAUUUAUCAUGUAACACAGAACAAAAAAGUAAAGAAGAUUUUCUUUGUUUAAUUGCUAUUGGUAGGUUGCAACCAACCAGUAUGCCAACUAGUAAAGAUAUAUUAGACUCUUCUUCUCCGUGUGAGUUCAUAACUAGACAAACUUUGGAUGGGCGAUUCAGUUUUAUUGAUCAAAGGGUCACUGAUGUUCUUGGAUAUCGCCCUAUAGAUUUACUGGGAAAGCUAUGUUUUGAUUUUUAUCUUCAUGAGGAUGCCAAAUACAUGUCUGAGAACUAUGAUCAAGUAAUAAAACUUAAAGGGCAACCGUUAUCAGUUCGAUUUCAUUUCAAGCAUCUAAAUGGAGAGCCUAUCCUUGUUCGAUCUAGUUGUUGCAGUUUUCAAAAUCCUUAUACAGAUGAAGCUGAAUAUAUUAUAUGCAAUAAUACUGUUAUUAAGGACAUUCAAGCGCCCGUCAACCGGACACCUGAGAAUCCAUUAAAAUAUUUAUCUGCAAAAGAUCCAACAAAUAAGUUUCCAAACACAUCAAUUAUUCAAGAAAAACCUGGAUUCAAUAUACAUUCAUCACAUCAUGGUUUUCAAAAAGAUAACAAUUUAUGCGAGUCACAAGUUUUAAAAAUGAAACGACGGUUUUCAGGAAUUUCUGAGCCAUCUACCAUAAAAUGCACUGUAUCGCAAUCAGUUGUUCCCACUUGUGAUGAAAUUAUCAACACCACACAGAAAAUACGAGCGAGUGGUAUUUUAGCUAAUAUGGCGCGUAAGCUACAACAGGAGAAUAACUAUUCUACGCCACCUUCGUCUGGGUGUUCUUACCUUUUCCAUGCACAACCACAAUAUAACAUGACAGUUAAUGAAAUUCCUUCAUUAGUUUCUCCAGAAUUGAAAAAUGAAGAAAUCAAUGGACUUGACAAUAAUUAUUUGUCUUCUCAUAAAAUAAUAAAUGCACGUGAUGCAAACAUAUCUAAUCUACAUGAAUCUUCUAUAUUAUUAGAAAAUGAUAAAUUGCCUCGUUGUGAGUUGUAUAAGCAAUUAAACGAAAAUAAUACAGAAACCAAUUUGCUUUUCUGGAACAACCCAGGUUGGACUUAACUUGUCAAACGCUUAGCAUCAAAAUGUGGUGAAAUCUAUUAAUAAAUGCUGUGCAUCCUUAUUUACAAAUAUUUACUCAGCAACAAAAGUAUGCAAGAAAAAGUUUUUGUUUGGUUUUUUUAUCUGUCAAACGGCGUGACAAUAAUUUUAUUUGUGAAAGUUUUAUACUUUUUCACGGUUGGCGAAUAAAAUGAAGCGUUUAAAAGCUUUAUUUUUAAAAAUUAUCUAUAAGAUCAUGAUAUGCUGCUAAAACGUUUUCAUUGAAGAUAAUUUAAAGUUCAUAAAGAAAUUAUACUUCGUAUUAUUACGAUGUUCUGACAUCGUUUUAUUUUGUUUUUUACGUUUUAUAUACAAAUAAUAAGAAAAUUUUAUUAAAAAGUACGUAAUAAAAAUGCGUAAAUAGAAGAUGUGUAAAUUUUCUUAUUCUUUUAUGUUUAUAAAUAAAAUGUUAGUUAA